UUAAAAAUGGAUACGUGGUAGGAAACCCCCCCCCCCACACACACUUUUCAGUGAAGGAACACCUCGAAACGGGAAAAACAACCACUUUCCGAGACGACAGCAACAGACGGAUUAAAAAAAACAUGUUUCCGCGUAAACAAGACUAUGCGACGAAGAGGGCAGGCGGAGCGCGGAGCGGCUCGGUGCUCAACUUCAGAACGGCGCUGGGCUCCGGCUCCGUCCGUCGCAGCUCCGCCGUGCUGCCGUCGGUGCUAACGUUCGCCGUGAUCGUGGCGUCCGGAGGCCUCCUGCUCAUGAUAGAGAAAGGAAUGCUCAAUAGUAUGGAGACUCCGCCACCCCGGGGCGGCGGCAAACGUCCAGACUACGUGCGACAGAUUAGGCAGCACAACGCGGCCGAGGACGCCGAGUCGCAGAUACUCCAGGAAAUCCGUAACCGCACCAUCCGGACCAUGUGCGGCCAAAAGAACAUGCCCCACAACGUGUGGUCCCUGAGUCCCCUACAAAGGAAGACCCUGCUCCAGCACGUCCUUGUCAACGACGAGCACCGCUUCCUCUACUGCUACGUCCCCAAAGUGGCCUGUUCUAACUGGAAGAGGGUCCUCAAGGUCCUGAGCGGCGCCCUGGAAAGUGUGCAUGCGAACAUCAAGAUGGACCACCGCAGUGACCUGCUCUUCCUCUCCUCCAUGAAGCCCGAGGAGAUCCGCCACCGGCUCAAGCACUACUACAAGUUCAUGUUUGUGCGGGAGCCCAUGGAGCGUCUGCUGUCUGCUUACAGGAACAAGUUCGGAGAGAUCGAGUCGUACCAGAAGAAAUACGGCGUGGAGAUUGUAAGGCGUUACAGGAAGGGCCGUGCAAAGGACGCGUCGUUGACAGGGGAUGAUGUGACUUUCGCCGAGUUUGUUCGCUACCUGCUGGACGAGGAUGCGGAGCGCAUGAACGAGCACUGGAUGCCAGUGUACAACCUGUGUCAGCCUUGUGCCGUGUCCUAUGACUUCAUCGGCUCCUAUGAGCACCUUGAAAGGGAUGCGGAGCACAUCCUACAGCAGAUUGGGGCGCCGCCUCAUGUCCAUUUCCCGGAGCGGCAGACGUGGUACAAGCCAGUGACCACAGAGACGUUGCACUACUACCUGUGCAGCUUACCGCAGAAGUUAAUGAGGGAACUUCUACCCAAGUAUAUUCUAGACUUCUCUCUCUUUGCCUAUCCCCUUCCGAACACAACAACUGAAUACUGCAGACAUUGAGCGUGCAAUGAUUUAUAGUUUUGAAAUUAUUUUUAUACAGAAUCUCUUCUAUGUAUUUUUUAUUCCUAGGGAACCAGCAGUGUUUUAAUAUCAUUUUUUAUAUGGGAUGUUCAAAUGGUAUUGCAAAGUACUGAGUGUUAGAAGAGAUGGAGAUUACCCUGAUGUCAAAACCACUAAAACUAAAGACAAACUUUAAAGACAGCAAAAUAAAAUUUAAAAAAAAGUUACUGACAGCAAAAUCGCACUGUUGUCCAAUGUCCAUUUCAGAUGUUACAGAAAUAGACUUACAGUAAAUAAGCAAUAAGCUGAAAUUCAGUAAACGCUGAUGAAACUUUAAGUUGCAGGACUGAGAUUUCUGAUUUAUUAGUUUUGUCCAUGUGGAUAAUAGAGGGUUAAUGGCUGGAAUCUGGUUUUUAUGGGCAUCCUGGUGGUUUACCACACUAAAGCACAUACAGUGUACUCAAGUGUUAUGGGUUCAAGUCCGCGUCACGUAUGGUGUAUUUCAUGGCCUCCCUUAUUUAUCCAUUUCCUAUCUUUAGUACGACCCUCCACUGUGAGCCAUCUAAUAAAGCAGAAAAAAAAUUGAUAAGGAUUGUCUGCUAACUGAUGCAUGGCAUGUAACUGUACAAGUAAUUACUCUUUGUCUAUUUAUAAAUUUAAUAAUUUAAAAAAACAUGGACGUUAAAUACAAAGGUCUUAGAAAAUUAUAAACACUGGUUUGGGCUGACCUGUCCUUGGUGCCAACACGUGCACGCACACACGUGCAUGCACACACACAGAACAUUUGAUGUAAAACAUGCAUCAACCUCCUGCCCACACUUUGCAAUGUAUACUUUGUAUCCACUUAAGUGAACAAAGUCAAUCAGAGUGGACAUUUGGAUGGGGAAAAAAAAGAAGACAGUCUCUUCAAAAUGCUAGCUCCGACAUUAACUUUAGCAAGAAUAAAGCAUGAUUUCAGAUGUAAUAAAUAUCCUCUGGGUCUUCAAUGAACGGAAAAGGGAAUGUAAGGAGAGUGCUUCACCAUCGAAGCCACAUGCCAACAUCAAGAGUUCAAGUGUCAAGAUUUCAUCAUUUUCUCCAGACGACUUGCGACUCUCGUCAGCACCUUCAUUUUUCUGGCUUUCAAACUGCUACUCUUUAAAACUCACAUUUCUGUGGAGAGAAAAAAAAAAGAAAAAAGGAUUAGUUAAAAAGAUAGCAUAAUACAGAAGGAUCCA